UAAAAUAAUCUAACAGUGUUGCAAUAAAAUGUCAAUAAAAACGAUAAUGAUGAAAGUGUUUGUGCUUAUUGCAUUUCUCUCUUUGUCAAAUUCAAAAAGCAAUUAUAUGCCCAACUUACCUUUGGGAGAAUAUCGUAUCGUAUUUGAGAAAAUAUAUUCUUGUGAGUCAACAAAUUUAUUUCAAAUUAAUGUUUAUUUUAAUAAAAAGACAUUAAGUAUAACUGAACUGAAAGGAAAUUUUACAAACACAAUACCUUUUGAUGAUACUUUUACUCUUGAUGCAAACACUGCAUCUUGGGAUUCGAUUGGGGGUUGGAAACCAAACUCAGUGGUUUACAUCACAAAGAAUGCAUGCAGUAAUUUGAAAAAAGUUCUAGGAAAUGUAUGGAAUACAUUAUUUAAGUCAUUUAACGUUUCCAAUACAAGCUGUCCAAUACCAGUGGGAACAUACAUAUCAACAGGUGUCGACUUGAAGGAAUUAGAAGAUCUUAACAUUCCUAAAGAGUAUUUUUAUGGAAAAUAUAAAUUAACGGCAAAGAUAAAAAAUGUAAAGAAUGAAGUACUUGGUUGUAUGGUAAUAGAACACAGUCUUGUACGACCUUGGGAAACAUUAAUUGAUUAGUUUUUAGAAAAUAAAUGUAAUGUAUUA